CAGCCCCACGUGACGCGCGCCCGGUACCUGCGCGGGGGCGUCGGGCAUUGUCCGCGCUGGUACCGGCGGGACCGCGCGGGCAGCGGCAGGAGGCGAGUCCGCUCCGCCCUUCCUCCCCCGCCGCUCCGGUGGGGAACCAGCGCACCCCCCCACUCCGGCCGCUAAGAUGGCUGGUAGUGGGCGGUGAGGCGGCGCGGGGCUGCGGGGCGGCUGACGGGACGGUAGCGCGGAGGGCGGGAGGCGUGUUCCCGUGUGCGGAGCCGCGCGGCGCCAUGUCCGCCUUCGCCUUGGAGGAGACGCUGGAGGCCGACUGGGUGGCCGUCAGGCCGCACGCCUUCCAGGAGCGGGAGAAGCACAAGUUCGCCUUCAUCGUGGCCUGGAACGAGAUCGAGGGCAAGUUCGCCAUCACCUGCCACAACCGCACGGCGCAGCGCCAGCGCAGCGGUUCCCGCGAGCUGCGCCGCGGCGGCCCCGAGACCGCGGCCUCUCCCAAGGCCGGCGGCCCCGCGGCGCGCAGGGACGCGGGGCCGCCCCGGGGCUGCGCCCACGCCCGGGCCGAGGCGCUGCCCCAGAGUCCGCUACGCGCCAAGUGCAGCCCGGCGCGGAGGCCGCAGCGCGGCCCAGAGGCGGCAGGUGCCCCCGAGGAGAUCGAGGUGCUGGAGCUGGGGAAGGAGGACGCGGCCGCCGCGCUGUCGCUGCCACCCUCGCCCCCGCGGGCGGGCGAGCCGGGCGCUCCCGACGCCGAGCCCGUGGGGGAGGAGUGCAGCUGGGCCGGCCUCUUCUCCUUCCAGGACUUGCGGGCCGUGCACCAGCAGCUGUGCUCGGUGAACUCGGAGCUGGAGCCCUACCUGCCUGCCUUCCCCGAAGAGCCCUCGGGCAUGUGGACGGUGCUGUUCGGAGCCCCGGAACUAUCUGAGCAGGAGAUGGACGCUCUCUGUUACAAGCUGCAAGUUUACUUGGUCCACAGCCUGGAUACCUGUGGCUGGAAGAUCCUUUCGCAGGUGCUCUUCACCGAGACCGAUGACCCCGAAGAGUAUUACGAGAGCCUGAGUGAGCUGCGACAGAAGGGGUACGAGGAGGUGCUGCAGCGGGCCCGCAGGCGAAUCCAAGAGCUGCUCGAAAAACAUAAGAAUACAGAAAGUAUGGUAGAGCUGCUUGAACUGUACCAAAUGGAAGAUGAAGCCUACAGUAGUCUUGCAGAAGCUACCACAGAGCUCUACCAGUACUUACUACAACCAUUCCGUGAUAUGAGGGAACUUGCGAUGCUUAGAAGACAACAAAUAAAGAUCUCAAUAGAGAAUGACUAUCUAGGCCCCAGAAGAAUUGAGAGUCUGCAAAAAGAAGAUGCCGAUUGGCAGAAAAAAGCCCACAUGGCUGUGCUUUCUAUUCAAGACCUUACAGUCAAAUACUUCGAAAUAACAGCUAAAACACAGAAAGCUGUGUAUGAUCGAAUGCGAGCAGAUCAGAAAAAAUUUGGUAAGGCAGCAUGGGCAGCAGCAGUGGAACGUAUGGAAAAGCUUCAGUAUGCGGUUUCUAAGGAGACUUUGCAAUUGAUGCGUGCUAAAGAAAUCUGUUUGGAGCAGAAGAAACAUGCGCUGAAAGAGGAGAUGCAGAGCCUGAAAGGUGGUACAGAAGCCUUAGCCCAUUUGGACCAAUUAGAAGCUGAUUAUUAUGAUCUACAGCUUCAGCUAUAUGAAGUGCAGUUUGAGAUCUUGAAAUGUGAAGAGCUGCUGCUGACAGCACAACUCGAAAGCAUCAGAAGACUGAUGUCAGAGAAGAGAGAUGAAGUGGUGUAUUAUGACACUUAUGAAAGUAUGGAAGCCAUGCUUGAAAAAGAAGAUAUGGCAACAUCUAUACACUUGCAAAAAGAGGAGCUACAAAAGUUACAACAAAAAAUCCGCCAGCUGGAAGCAAGGCGUGGACGUAUUUCAGCCAAGAAAGCCUACCUCAGAAAUAAGAAGGAGAUCUGUAUUGCAAAGCAUAAUGAAAAGAUCCAGCAGCGUCACCAGAGUGAGGAGGAGUACAAAAUGCACCAUACUGUUCAGCUAAAGCGAGAUCAAUUGCAAGAUGAAGAGGAAAGAAAGAGCUCCUGGGUUAGUCAGGAACGACAGAAAACACUGGACAGACUUCGUUCAUUUAAGCAGCGAUACCCUGGGCAAGUCAUACUUAAAUCAACCAGACUACGGCUGGCUCAUGCAAAAAGAAAAUGUGCAGCCAGCUCACUGUCCUGUGUCAAUCAGCCUCAAUCUUUGCCAGCAACCAUAAAAAUCCAAGAGAAAAGUGAAGAGGUGGAAUCAGAAAGUGUAGUUCAGCCUUUGCAAGUGCAGGAACCUACAAGCUUAAAACAACUUCAGGAUAUCUCCUUGCCUCGUAAUGGUGUUACCUCUGAACUGCCCCAUGUCAGCACUUCUCCACUCACCAGUAAUCAGCCUCAGCCGGAGACUGUUACUGGAGAACAGCUUCCAGCCCCUUUGCCUCCACCACCUCCACCUCCACCUCCACCUUUGCCCUCCAAGGAAGAUGCCACCAAAUCCUUAGAGAAAAGUGACAGCUUUGUUAAACGUGUGGAGAAAGGAGUCCAGCACUCUUCUGGUGUCCCACCAGCUCAUCUGUUUGAUAGCAGUCAGCUAGUCAGUGCCAAGAAGAAGCUUAAGAAGACUGGUGAUCUAGAGGGUUUACAGAGGAGGAAAGUGAGUUCCCCAAUGGAUGAAGUGCUGGCUUCCUUGAAACGUGGCAGCUUUCACUUAAGAAAAGUUGAGCAGAGAAGUCUUCCUCCUUUUCCUGAUGAAGAUGAUAGUAAUAACAUCUUGGCUCAGAUCAGGAAAGGAGUGAAACUGAAGAAAGUGCAGAAAGAUGUUUUGAGAGAAUCCUUUACAAUUCUGCCUGAUACUGACCCUCUGACAAGGAGCAUCCAUGAAGCAUUGCGGCGGAUUAAGGAAGCAUCACCUGAGUCAGAGGAUGAAGAGGAGAGCUUGCCUUGCACAGACUGGGAAAAUUAACCUGUGAUUGACAGCCACCGAUGUGAGAAAAGAAACCCCAGUUGAAGAUUACUUUUCCUCUGCAUUUCUGAAAAUUCAGAGCCAGCAGUUUUGACCAUCAAUUCCACAGGAGGCUUUUUUUGGCAAAGAAAGUCUUUCUUUGACAGAUAAUUCAGUAUAUGGAAAAAAUGGCCUGAAAUGUUAAUUUCAGGACACUUUUUUCUUUAUUUGUUCAAACAAAUCCUGGUUUGGGCAGAAAGCUAAGUUGUUUAGAUGUACAUUUUAUACUAUCAAGAAUGCCCAAUUCUUAAGCACUUUUUAUAUUUGCGUUAGUAAUGUGUGGCCAGGUAAGUGAGGGGGGCAUUUUGAGUUGGGUGACUAUGUGCUGUUAGAGUAACCUUAGGAUUCUAAACCGGCUGGAAAAUGUCCCCUUCACUGCACUGAAUAUCUCAUGUGCUUGAAAAUUCGAAUAAAUGGCUCCUGGCAGAGAAGGUUGCUGUGUAGCAGUGUGAUAUUCCAGAAAGAACAGAAUUUCUAGUUGCACUACAGUAGCUGAAAUUCAGUAACAUGCAACUGAGACUUUUUUUCUUCUUAGUUUGAAGAAUUGUAUGUCAGUGUGAAAAGCAACAAGUGACCACAGCACAAUGAGAAAUAAGAAUUGAAUUCAGUACAUAUUCGAGAAUGUGUUUGUUUCCAUCAUGAUACAUUUAGGAAGACAUACUGCAGCACCUUUUUAGAAGGUCAUUUGUAGUCUGACAUCUUUUUAAAGUAGACAUUUUCAUGCUUUUUUAAAAUAAUAUUUAGCUAUGCUGAACCAAGUUAGUUAUACUUUUAUCAUUUGUUAUAAGAAGCAAUAUUUUGUAAUUUCAUACUUAAAAAUAUUUUUCUCUUUUAGUUUAAAAUGGCUUUUGAUUAGUCUAAGCAGCCUUCUUUAAAAAAGAUCAAAGCACUUAAAUGUACUGAUAAUUCAGUUGUGAAAAUCAUGCUUUUGCUGCUGGUUUUCAUUAUUCCCUUUAGUGGCUGCAGAAAUGUUUGUAUUUCAUACCCAAAAGCCUACUGGCUGAAAACUGGUUCUUUUGAUUGUGACUGUUUUAUUUGUAAAGGAGGGCUACAACUUCCUCUGCAGUGAAUACUUAGGAGUAGUCCUAAACUUCAUGACUAAUGGCUGCAGGCAGCUACUCUUACGAUACCACAGUACCAAGAGGUAUGUCAAUACAAAGAUACAAAUAGCCUUGUACCGCUUAAAAACCUCAUGUGGUAUUAAAGUCAGCCCAUUACACUUCUAAUAAAACUGAAUUUUCUCUAGAAUUUUGUUUUUACUAGUGUAACAUACACUGUGUUUGAGAAAUACACAGUCCCUGUCCUUUGUGUAGUGUGGUCCAUUCACUGUUCCUCUUUUGACAGAUAAACUACUAUGGGGAUUUGGGUUCUUUUAAGUGGAGUUACUCAUUGCUGCUGUCAUGUAAUGGAACAUGUACUGUGUUAAAAUUUAUAACAGGGGAUUUCAUGUCUUGCCGUUUACUUACAGAAAGAGGAGCAGGAGAACUUACCUUAGCAAUAGGCUGUAUAACCUAAAGGAACCUCAGCUCUUGGACCCUUCAGUUGUUUUGCUGUGGCUGUCUGAAAAUUAAAGCUCUGUCAAACAUCUUGAAAGGAUUUUCUUAACCAUGUUGCCUUACUUAUAAAGUUAGUGAACAUUCAUUUUCAAAGCACCUGCAAGCAGUGUUAAUGCAGAGUUGUAUUGAUUUUUGCUUAAUUAGUUGUCAGGUCUCUGUUUUUCAGUCAUGAGAUCAGCUCUGUGAAAUACCUGAUACUGGCUUUCCACAGGCCUAAAACUACAUAGAUGUAUUUUUCUUAAACUGCUUCUCUGAGCUCUGAGUUACAUGGUAUGGAUGCAAGCUGCCUAAUGCUGUGUUCAUGCAGCAAUAGUAGCAAUUUCAAAGUUCAGCAUAAUCAUUUGACACAGCCUAUACCAUAAUCUGUGGUGUAUUUUUACUCUAUAUUUGUUUGUAAUUUCAAUCACCACACAUUAAAACCAAGGUAAUGAAAUAAAUUUUUGGCUGUAGCACAGAGCAGAACCAUGAUGUAGAAUGGUAAUUCACAUUAUACAAUUCAUCUGAAACUUAGUGCAAAAUUACCAGUUGUGAAUGAGCAACUUUUAUAUCUGUUUUUUCCUAUUUUUCAGCCUGCAGUUUUAUUCCUUGGCAUAUGCAUAUGGGACACUAGUAAAAUUCCAAGCCGAGGAAAAAUAGUGUAAUUUUAAAGUAUAGGUGCAGUGGUUCCCUUGCACAGCAUUUGUCUGCAGUUUACCACUGUGUUGUGAUUUAUCUAAAUAGCUCCAUGCUGUACUGUAGUACAGUUUUCAGAUAUGUUUGCCAUGUAAUCUGUUAUCUUUGCCUUGAAAAAUGUGUGCAUGAUUGAUAAAAAGUUACGUUUCAUAUUUAGCUGAAAUCUUAGAUUCCUGUAAUAGCUUAGUCUGUAUAGAAAUGGAGUUCUCAUAUGAGCAUGUAUUUUAUGCGCACACAAAAAGUAGUUGUUAUGCUGAGCAUAGCAGUAUGUAUCAGUUCAAAACUGCCAUCUUCUCCGUGGAAAGUGAAUGUUUGGUUUUUUCCAUGUCCUGCUCAAAAAAAAAAAAAAAUCCUGAAUUUUAAUCCU